AGGUCACAUGUUCUACUUGUACUUUCACUUUGUGGGAAAAUGUCAAAACUGAAGCUGUACUAUGAUCUCAUGUCACAGCCCUCGCGGGCGCUAUAUAUGUUUGUGAAAAAGAACAAAAUUCCAUUUGAAGACAAGGCACUUGCACUACGAAAUGGAGAGCACAAACAAGAGGCUUACAAGAAAAUAAAUCCGUUCCAGCUGGUGCCAGUUAUUGAUGACAACGGAUUUAUCCUGACAGAGAGUGUGGCCAUUCUCCAGUACCUGUGUAGUAGGUAUGACCUCCCAGAACACUGGUACCCCAGAAAAGACCUCAAGGCUCAGGCCAAAGUUAAUGAAUACCUCAACUGGCAGCAUGUCAACACCAGGAUGAAUUGUGCAAUGGUAUUCAGACAUCUAGUAAUAAUCCCCCGAGAAACAAAGAAACCAGUUGACUGGGAACAAGUAAACGCUAUGAAGAAGAGAGUGUCCUACGUCGUGGAUCACUUGGACAAAAGUUUCCUGAAAGAUAAGCCCUAUCUGUGUGGGAUGGAGGUUUCUGUGGCUGAUCUGCUCUGUAUCUGCGAGCUGAUGCAGCUUAACGCAGUCCACGAGGAACAGCUAUACGAGUCCAACCCCAACAUUAAGGCGUGGUCAGAUCGCGUGAAGAACACACUUAAUCCAGAGUUUGAAGAAGCACACAAGAUUGUUUACAGAGUGAGAGAUAUGUACAAGACAGUCCUGGCUCCAUCUUUUGCCAAGUUAUAUUGUGACCGAAUUUUUCUGGUUCGAUUUCUAUGCAUAUUAAGACUGGGAAGAUUAUACCUAGGAAUGCAUACCCUGAAGCUGUUCUAUGAUUUAAUGUCCCAGCCCUCCAGGGCUGUGUACAUUUUUCUUAAAGCGAAUAAUAUUCCAUUUGAAGCUAUACAAAUUGCUAUUAGAAAUGGUGAUCACCUAAAGGAAGCAUACACCAGGAUCACUCCAUUUCAGCAGGUGCCCGUCAUCGACGACAAUGGAUUCGUCCUCACUGAAAGUGUAGCAAUUCUGCAAUAUUUAUGUAUGAAAUACAAAUUGCCAGACCACUGGAAUCCCUUGAAAAAUCCAGAAAGUCACGCACGAGUACAGGAAUACCUACAUUGGCAACAUGCAAACACUCGAUUUUAUGGAACCAUGCUGUUUAGAAUACUGCUCAGACUACCACAAGAAACAAAACAACCGGUAAACAAGCAGGAAGCAGAGGAAUACAGAAAAGCAAAUAUGGCUGUUGUCCGCCAUCUUGACAAAUAUUUCUUGAAGGACAAGAAAUUUCUCUGUGGCGAAGACAUUUCAAUAGCCGACAUUCUGGCUGUUUGCGAACUGAUGCAGUUACAUGUGAUUGACGAGGAUUAUAUCAUUUAUCAGAACGACAAGGUCAAGGCGUGGUUUAAUCGCGUGAAGGAUCGACUGGGACCGGCUUUUGAUGAAGGUCACAGAAUUGUAUAUAAAGUUCAUGACCUUUACAAGAGUAGCUGGAAAUCCGAACUAGCAAAACUUUAAACACACCAUCGUACACAAUAAUUGAUUUCUAUGUUAUAUUUUUAAUGUCUCAUUUCCUCUUUAUGUACCUUUUGGGAUACAUAACGUCAUAGGGUCAUAGAACUAAUUAAUAAAGUUAUAAACAACCU